AUGGCUUUCUUUGGCAUCACCUCCCUGGGAUACCAGGACCCCUUCAGGUCUAUGCUGCUGCCGCCGCCGGAGGAACCGACACGUGAGGACCAUCACCGUCCGCCCAUCGCGGCGGCUCGUGUUCCCGUGGUAACCGGAGCGCUGUCUGGCCAAGCCUUCCCGCUGCUGGUCCGGCGAGGACCCCCCUCCCCGUUAGGAAUCAGCUCUCUCUCGACCCUGCCCCCGCUAUGCCUGACCCCCAGGAAGAGGGUGGAGCCCCCUCCCUACCACAAGAGAAGUGUGGAGAAGUUCACUCACCUCAAGAAGCUUUGCAAAACACCAAAAGCUCCUAACCAGAUGUACCGACAGCCCAUGACAACAGCUCAGGAGCUGGGCUGGUGGUUGCCCAAGAAUCCCGAAGAGGAUAUCCACACUCUGGAGCCCUGGAUUCACGUUCCCAGAUAUCCGGCCGUCAAGAGUGAGAUGACACAGUACGUGAACACAAUGCUGCUCACCUUCCCCGACUUCGAACUCUUUUGA